AUGGCAUUGUGCACUGAACUCUCGCAUGUCAAUGUUGUUCAACUAGAAGAGAUCAUUCUGGAGGAUAAAUGCAUCUUCAUGGUCUUUGAAUACACAGAGCAUGAUUUGCUUCAGAUCAUUCACCAUCAUACCCAGCCUCAGCGACAUGCUAUUCCAGCACCCAUGGUCCGGUCUAUCAUGUUCCAGUUGUUGAAUGGACUGCUCUAUCUUCAUACCAACUGGGUCUUGCAUCGUGAUUUGAAACCAGCCAACAUCCUCGUCACUUCAAGCGGUGCUAUUCGCAUCGGCGACUUAGGUUUAGCCCGCCUAUUCUACAAGCCACUCAACUCCCUGUUCUCGGGCGACAAAGUCGUUGUCACAAUCUGGUACCGUGCACCCGAGCUACUCAUGGGGAGCCGUCACUAUACUCCUGCCGUCGACAUGUGGGCAAUAGGGUGCAUAUUCGCCGAACUACUCUCGCUACGGCCAAUCUUCAAAGGCGAAGAAGCCAAAAUGGACAGCAAGAAAACCGUCCCCUUCCAACGCAACCAAAUGACGAAGAUUGUCGAAAUCCUCGGUCUUCCCCGCAAAGAAUCCUGGCCGGGUCUAGCCUCCAUGCCCGAAUAUUCCCAACUCCAGUCCCUGGUGCUCCAUCGCCAACCUUUACAUCUCCAUCGCGGCUCGAAUCUUGACAGUUGGUACCAAAGCUGUAUGAAAAAUGGUGGAUACACGUCCAACUCCAGUGCUGGCACUCCCGGUGCAGAUGGAUUUGAUCUUCUGUCGCGUAUGCUCGAAUAUGACCCGAUAAAGCGGAUCACCGCCGAGCAAGCGCUUGAGCACCCAUACUUUACCGAUGGGGGCCCUAUCAGUGGUAACUGCUUCGAGGGUAUCGAGGGUAAAUACCCACACCGUCGGGUCACCCAAGAUGACAAUGAUAUUCGCUCCGGUAGUCUUCCGGGCACCAAACGGAGUGGACUGCCAGAUGAUUCGCUGAUGAGGGCUUCAAAGCGCCUCAAGGAGUAA